ACCUCCCCACCCGGCCCGCGAAAGGAGCGGACAGCGGAGAGCCUCCCCACCGUCCUGCCCCGGGCGCCACUCCCAGCUCCUCCGACUCGGCACGUCCUCCGGGCCUCGCCUGGGAGAGGAGCGCGCUGCGCAGACGCCAUGGAGGUGCUGCUCGUCUUGCUGUGCGGCCUGCUGGCCCCCACCAUCCUGGCCAGUGCCGAUGAGCAGGAGAAGGAAAAGGACCCUUUUCAUUAUGAUUACCAGACCCUGCGGAUCGGGGGACUGGUGUUUGCCGUGGUCUUCUUCUCCGUCGGCAUCCUCCUCAUCCUCAGUCGCAGAUGCAAGUGCAGUUUCAGCCAGAAGCCCAGGGCCCCGGGCGACGAGGAAGCACAGGUGGAGAACCUCAUCACUGCGAACGCAGCAGAGCCCCAGAAAGCGGAGAACUGAGGCAGCCCUCGCGGCAGAACCUGGAGGCAGCCGCUUGGACCUUCAGAUGCAAACGCCGACGCUUAAGAAAACCAGCCACGCCAGCAGCAGCUCCUUCCCGAGAAGUCCAGGACCCGCGUCUCCCCGCACCCCCACCCCCUGAACAGUCCUCCACUUAGAGCCGCGCCUGAACCCACCUUCCCAUGCAGCCGUGGCAUGUGCACUCCCGUGAUGUGUUUGUGUGUGUGUGCGUGUGUGUGUGCGUGUGAUGUCUGUGGUCUUCGUGGCUGCUUGUCUGUGUCUGUCGCUGUUUCCUGAACCUGGACUCACCUCCUGGGCCACCCUCAGCUCCUCCUGCUCCGGUGCGCCCUGCCCCUCCCUGCUCCUGAGACCAGUCCCCUCUCUGGCCGUAGAGGUGGGUGAGGGGUUGGGGCCCGGGAGGAGUCUCCACGCGUGGGGACUUGGGAAGGUGUGCAUCAGCUCCGUGAUCUUUCUUCGUCGCCUCUCCUUUUGCAAGAACUUUGUUUCCACACUCACCCUGACCUGACCUGUUCUGAGGGUGUCUUAGCAAUUGGAGGUUCACAGCCAGGAGCUGGGAGCCCAGCUGUGCUUCAGGCCGCGACCCCCUGCCCUGGCCAUCUCCCAAGACUCCCCCAGCUCCCCUCUGCCCCGCCCCCUGCAGUGGCCAGGCAGGCAGGCCCCGGCUCCGCCCUGGGAAUGUGCCCUGGCAUAUCUUCUCAGCAAUAACCCCUCGGGCUCUGGACCCCUGCCCCCGCCACCUCCCCGCUUCCCAGACUCUGACUUCCCAGACUCCUCUGGACUCGGACCCCCACCCUCGCAUUGGGUCUGGGGCAGGCGAUCCAUUCUAUUGGGGCCGGCUUCCCGGGAGGAAGCGGGGAGAGCCAGGGCUUCCGUCUGUCCAUGCCUGUUGGCCAGGUGAGCAGUGAUGGCCUGCACCCUCCCUCCGCCUGUCACUGGCCAGAGUGGGGUGCAGUGGCCUGGCUGUUGGAAAACAGAGAGAGGUCAAAGGUCAUAAAGAGUGGGAAGCCAAACCAGCCCUGCCCCUCCCAUGCAUCAUGUCAACGUGGAAAUGAGGCGAGCGUGUGACAGACUGCUGUCUGCUGUGAUCUGUCCUGUCCACACGGAAUAAAAUACCAUUUGUUUCCUGGCG